AGUGAGGUGAAUUUAUUUUGUGUGGGGCAGUGUGGGUUUUUCUGACUAGAGCCCGAUCUCUUACAAGCAACUUGAUCUGUCUCUAAUUUGACAUGAUGCAUGCAUUUGAAUAUCUCACAACAUGGAUUGUGAUGCUAGCUGUUGCAGUUUCUGGUCAGAAACAGACAAGUUUAAGUCAACCUUCACCACCAAACAGUGGUUUACGUUCCGACUGUCUUGGAAAUGUCAUGCGGCUGAGUUUGGAUAAGUCUCUGGCUGUUGGGAAUCUUCUUGAAGUUGAUGCCAUCAAUGGCACCGAUGUCAUACCGCUGACUUCCAGACUGGCUGCACAGUGUGGAUACAGCAUGGAAUCUGACCCAUGGGGAAACACUAAAAUAUAUUCCUCCAUGUUUGGCUGUUAUGCUGGAAGCAAGGAGGCUGGUACAUUCAGCCUUGGACUGAAUCUCAGAAUGUCAGAAGAUCUUAAGUUGGAUGAGGCCACUUAUGUUGUGACAAAAACAUGUAACUAUCAGUCAACGGCCACACGGCACAUUCUCUGUGAAAGGAACUAUAUAGAGGUGUCAACCCAGUUGUUCAAGCCUCAGAUUGCAAAGAACGUACUGAGUCCUGAUGACUUGACGCAGGAUUCAGUGAAAUAUUAUGCCAGUGCCUCCCCAAAUGACAUCUGGAAGUUGAUGUUCUUUACUCCUGAACCAAAAGUCAUGCUGCUCAAUGAGGCCAAGAAGGCUGGCUAUGGUGUCAAGUCUACAGAGGAUCGCUUGGUGCUGCGAAGUCCCUUCAACUCAGCAGCGACUUACAUAGAGAAUGUGGCUGGGGUUCUCAUGGAAGUGUUCAGUGUUAGCACUUACUAUGUACCCAUUUAUGGCUUUAACAUAGUGGAUUCUGAUGCUGCCUGCCCUACUGGUGGCUUGACUUUCACUGACGAGACAAUCACUUGGCAUGUACCCCGCCGCAUCACACCUGUAAUCAAAGGUGCCAUUACAAUAUUGAAUAUGUACAUGGGUAUUGAUGGACAGAGACUGAACCAAUACCAGAUGGCUGCCAGAAAAUACACCUUGACAUCCACAGAAUCUCACAUAGUCAUUGAGCUCCCAAUAGGAACACCUGAUGGGUACUACAAGAGUCUUGCCCCAGAUGAUCAGUAUCACGUCACCUUUACCAUUGAGCCCAUGUUGGAACUAGUGUGGCGUGAAGAGAGUACUCAAACUGACACACAAUAUAAGGUCCUCUUUCCUAUUACAACUCCCCUGGUGUCCUGGCCUACUCAGUUCACAGGCAAUGCAGUUCCCGAGGAGAGGUCAUUUGAAAUCCUCUUGGGAACUUUCCUGCCUGAUGUGGAGCUGAUCAACAUCACCUUCAACACAGGGCUCUUUUCUGUGGCAGAGUGCAAUUCAAAGGGCUUCGAUGUUAAAGAGCACAGAUUUCCAAAUGGCUCAAAGUCUUUCUCCCUGAAAGUGCCCUUCUUUGAGGAUGCAGUCCUUGCGCAUAAUCCUGAACCUUUGUUUACAACCUACAUCCUGCCUAUGACCUUUGGACUGCUCAUCCUGCCUGAAGAAACUCAAUUCUCCCAUGUAGCAAAGGCAGAGGUGUCUUUGCAGGAUGUUGUUCUCCCUGUGAUUACUGGUACAUGUGACCCGGGGUACUUCUAUGUCACUGUUGGAUAUGGAAACCAAGGACACAAUUUUAGAACCAUGAUUGGCAAGACUGAGCUCACCAGUGAGCUGGCUGAGACGUAUGGGCUAGUAAUCAACAGCACUCAAUUCAGUUUUGUGAUGCCGUACAGUAGUGCUGACUCCAUAUUUGAGGUGGUUAUCUCUACUUCAGUCAGAGCCAGAAUUGAUUUGGAGCUGGUGUCCUCCAAUAACUGGAAGCUUAAUGACUUCUCGUUGUCCUGCAGCUUUCCCUUGACCACAACUGAGUGUUACUCUAAUGGCACAAUGACUGCCUUGGCUAUAAAGGUGGAGUCUGUUCCCAAUAUGAUCCUCAGUCAUCUGACCCUGAGAGAUGAUUCCUGUAAACCGAAGUAUAGCGACAACCAUUUUGCUUACUUUGACUUUGGUGUGAACAGUUGCGGAACCACGAGAACGAUGUUUGGCAACAUUAUGGUGUACGAGAACGACAUUUCCUUGGAUCUCAAGAGAUACACCAGCAGGUAUCCUGAUGUGGCAUAUUACAAGCAAACCGUUUCCUGCUACUAUCUGGUUGAUGUCACUGAGACUAUGGCAUUCCGUACCCAGCCGAGAGUCAAGGCUCCAUCUGCUGAAAUUGGAAUGGGAUAUUUGAUUGUCCAAAUGAGAUUGGCUCAGGAUGAGUCAUAUAAGCUGUUCUAUCAGGCGGUGGAUUACCCAGUGGCUAAGUAUUUGAGACAGCCCCUGUACUUUGAGGUUGCGUUAACGCAGUCCAUGGAUCAACAAAUGGAGCUCGUCUUGGAGAACUGCUGGGCAACCCAACACAAAGACAGGAGCUCUCUGCCUAGAUGGAACCUCAUUGUUGACAGCUGUGUGAACCUCGACGAUCUCUACGUGACAGUUUUCCAUCCUGUGGAGUCUGACUCGAGGGUUAACAUCCCUGCUCAUGUGAAGCGCUUUUCUGUCAGCAUGUUCACCUUCAUUGCAGAUGAGGUGGCUCUGAAAGAAAAGAUGUUUGUACAUUGUGAUGCUGUUAUUUGCGACUCCAACAAUCCACAUGGAGGAUGUAUUAGUCAGUGCGUGAACCCCACAAAGACUGGUGCCAAAACAUACCGGACAGCUGAUCUUAAAGGGUCUGGAAAUAUUGACUACCAGAUGCAAGGUGAACAACUUUCCUCAGGAUCUAUUCUACUCUCUGAACCUGAAUAA